AUGAAUUCACAAUCUCUGAGUUUUCCACCCGAUAUUUCGUUGUAUCCCGCCAACGAAGGCAACAACGUGUCCGAGAGAUUAUCCGGCAAUUCAGCCCUGCCCCCGCCGCAUAUCCGCAGUUGUUUCUUUUGUCGAUCUCGCAAAGUAAAAUGCGACCGCCAGAAGCCAUGCGCCAACUGCCUGCGGGCGGGUUUAGAGUGCGUUUACCCGUCGGGACCAGGCAGGGCUCCUAAGAGACCACGUCGAGCUCUCGAUGACCGUGUUCUCAACCGACUGGCGCAUCUCGAGAUGCUUGUUAGGCGCCUAGAUAUGGAAGGCGGCCAGGUACCAGCUGUUGCAUCAGAAAAUCCAACGACCAGCACAGCGAUAGAAUCGGAUGACGGGUCAAGCCAGGUUGAACAACGGCUUGGCCGGCUUGUAAUAGACGAGACGCGUAGUUGCUAUGUGAGCAAUGUUUUGUUGGCAAAACUAGGAGACGAAGUAUGUUAUUCGGUUAAAUGUGCUCGGGUUGUGUUGUUGUUCUUUACUGACUUCUUGAAGAUUGAAGAACUGCGCGACUUACUACACGAGUCAGCAUCGGAAGACGAAGACCUCGAUGCGGCCACCGAUCUGUCUGUUGAUGAAACUACAACAUCACUAGGCUCUAAUGUUGCGAUAAUGGGUUUCCAGGCACUGGCACAGUCUUUGCGGACAUACCAUCCACCACUUUCCCAGUCAGUGGCGCUUUUUGAAAUAUUCAAACUGAACGUUGCGCCUCUCGUGCAUAUAUUUCACCUGCCGACAUUGACCAAUUAUUAUUGGGAUGCUGUUGCUUCACUGGAUUCCUUGGAUCGUAAUACUGAGGCAUUGUUGUUCGCUAUCUAUUACUCUACUGUUAUCAGCAUGGAGUCAGAACAAUGCGAGGAUGUGUUUGGGUUUCCACGAGCAACAGCAGUCAAACAUUAUCAAUUCGCAGUGCAACAAGCCAUGGCACGGGCCGAUCUCCUCAACACUCAGAGUGUGGUUUUGAUACAGGCAGUAGUUCUAUUCUUGUCAGCUCUGCGGAAUGAAGAUGCCUCACGUACUGCCUGGUCAAUGACCGCGCUAAUCUUUCACAUUGCCCAGGCCAUGGGCCUCCACAGGGAUGGAGUAGCAUUUGGCCUACGCCCAUUGGAGGUAGAGAUACGGCGUCGCCUGUGGUGGCAUAUUUGCUUACUGGACAUCCGAUCGUCCGAGUUUCAUGGCUGUGAGCCCAUAGUGCACGAGUCCAUGUUCGAUACUCGAAUGCCCCUGAAUAUCAAUGACUCUGAUAUUAAAGCUGAUAUGACUUCGCCCCCUAAUGAGCGUGAAGAAGCCACCGAAAUGACUUUCUGUCUCAUUAGGUGUGAAGCUAUGCGCAUCGUAUGGAAGACAGGCUAUACACCACCCAGCAUGCAGCAGCCUAGACAAUCAGCUGAAGGUCUAUCCCUCACCGACCGCGUUGCUUUAGCCGGAGACCUCCAGAAACGGUUAGAGGAGCGCUAUCUCAAGCACUGCGAUAAAACCACCCCAUUUUUCCAGAUUUGUGUGACCGUGGCACGUCUGAUCAUCGCUCGCACCUGGCUGGUUGUUUAUUAUCCCCUCAGCAAAUCGGACGAUGGGCAAAGCUUGCCCCUUAAUAUUAGAGACCAGCUGUUCAUCCAAUCUAUCAAAGUCCUCGAACUAUCAAAUAGAUUACUAACCAGCCCUGACCUUGCAAAGUGGACCUGGCACUCCAAAACCCACGUCCAGUGGCACGCCGUUGCUUUCGUUCUAUCUGAAAUUUGCUCACGCCCGCCAUCACAAGAAUGUGAUCGCGGGUGGCAGUAUGCGCAGACAGUAUAUAGCCGAUGGAAGAUGAAGGAGCACAAGGGUAAUCUAUGGCGGCCCAUCAAACGAUUGAUGGCCAAAGCACAAUAUGUACGCGAAGUUCAAAGGAAUGCCUCAACUCCCAACCGGCAUUGGCAAAUGGCCGGAAUGACUACGAUAUCACCUGGAGCCUCCUCUCCGGGACUCUCCACAAUAUCUAACUCGAUAGAUAAUUCUACAGUGAUAAUCGAAGAUAUAAGGGGCUCGAUUUCGGGGCACAAAGAUCAGGAGAGCGUUCUAUCCCCGGAACCGCUUGACCCAUUCUUUGAGAAUUUCACCGAGUCGCAAUGUCCUGAUCCAACACCGGAGUAUCCAUGUCCUGAAGAUAUUGACUACCUCAUGACACAAUGGGUCGGAAGCCCAAGCAAUAUCACCUUUUGA